AUGCAUCUACAACUUCCUCCGCCUCCCAGGCAUUUGAUAUCGCCUGCCGAAGGACACCGUACUCCCACAAUCGAGGAUACACUGAGAGACCUGUCAACUUUCAGCGCUGCACUCCAACCGGCGGCUUCACGGGUGCGCAAAGCACAUUCGUCGGCCCUAGAGUCUUUGUACAGCCAGCAAAAUCGCGCACAUAAUGAACAACCGGACCCGGAGGAUCUGUCCAGAUCCAUAUCCGAGGUUACUACUGGUAAACUCAAUUGGAAGAAGCGGAUACGACACUUUACCUGGGCGUUCUUUACAUUGACAAUGGCUACCGGCGGGAUUGCCAAUGUUAUAUACAACAUCCCUUAUAGGUUUCGAGGCUUGGAAACCAUUGGCAUCAUCUUCUUCCUCGCCAACAUUGUUUUCUAUCUUAUAAUCUGGGCUUUAUUGCUCACAAGAUUCUAUUUAUUUCCAUAUACUUUCAAGGCAUCAUUGUUGCAUCCUACAGAGUCUUUGUUUGUCCCAGCGUCGGUCGUCUCGUUUGGGACUAUCCUGAUUAAUGUUUCGCAAUACGGCACUGACAACGCUGGGCCCUGGCUUACAAACGCCGUCAACAUUCUUUUCUGGGUUGACGCUGCCCUGGCCGUCAUUUCUUCAGCGGGGAUCUACCUUUUGUUGUGGUCAACGCAAACUUUUACAAUCGCUCAAAUGACUCCCAUCUGGAUUUUUCCGGCUUAUCCCAUGCUGAUCAUUGGCCCUCACGCCGGCAUUCUAAGCUCCAAACUCGAACCAUCCCGCACGUUGCCGAUCAUUGUCGGGGGUACAACCAUCCAAGGCGUGGGAUUCCUGGUGUCACUAAUGGUAUACUCGGCCUUUAUCUACAGACUAAUGUCCCAGAAACUCCCGAGAGAAAACAUCCGACCCGGAAUGUUUGUGUCUGUUGGGCCCAGCGCCUUUACUGUCACGGGGAUUGUGACCAUGGCCGCGCAGGCAAACAGGUGCUUUCCCGAUGAUUUCAUGGGCGACGGCACGCUAGCUGCGAAUGUCUUGAAAAUUGUCGUCAAUUUCGCCUCGUUAUGGCUGUGGGGCCUAGCAAUAUUCUUCUUUUUCAUCGCAAGCUUUGCACACGUAUCGGCAAUUGGCCCCGGACGGAUGAUAUUUACCAUGGGCUGGUUCUCGUUUGUAUUCCCAAACACCGCGCUAAUCACAUCGACGUUUGCCAUUGGCAACGCAUUCUCCUGCAAGCCGAUCCUGAUCAUUGGAUGUGUCAUGGUUGUCGCGCUCUUGCUGAUGUAUGCAUUUGUUGUGUAUAUGAUGGUUCGAGCUAUUAUCCUCCGCCAUAUACUCUGGCCGCAAAAGGGAGAGGAUAAAGACGAAGGCGGGUUUGACAUCAAGGAGAUUCGGCCAGAGGCGCUUGGCGAUUCGCCGGAGUGA